CUUGUGAAAGCGACCGAUUCAUGAUUCAGGUACUUAGUCGCGUUGAACCCUACCUUACAAGCAAGAGUACUGUGGAAAAAGUAUGCUACUUGGAAAAUCUCUUGGAUAUAGGAGAAAGUUUCGCGUCAGAUAUACAUCGAGAGGAAAACUCACGUAAAAAGCUUCUUGGCUCUUUGCAACUGAAAGUGGUAUUUGUCAUUUUGUGUCGUCUCUUGCAGUUACUAGAGUCUAGUUUGUCUUCCGAAGAUGGAGAUUUUUCAGAACAUUUACUUGAUCCAACUCUAGGAACUGUUGAAGAGCGAGGUGUUACUUUGGAGAAAUUUCACACUUUACGGCGACGUUUUCUGAUGCUACAAGAAACCCCACUACUUGGGACUGUUUCUUUUGUGCCACUCGCUGAAGAAACGGUUGUUCGUAGCGUAGUGAAAUCCUUUCCUGUGAAUACAGACACUGGAAAAGCAAGAUCUGAUGUUUAUAAGAAUUAUUUGUCUUUUUUACAGUUACCUGAGACUGCCGAAGAGUAUAACCUUCAAGCACUUAAAAAGGCAGAAAUAGAAGAUAGAAAACUGCUUCGGAAACGUCGAGGAGUAAAAGCCAGUGAAGGUGAAGUGACCCAUCAUAUCAAAGAGCGCAAUGAAGUUUUAACAGCGGAACUUCUUUCGCUUACCGAGAAGUUGAAGAGUGGUUCAGAGGAAGUUUAUGAAGCGUUGAAACGAGACCAAGAACGUUUAGAAAAAUUAGCUGAUGUCGUUGAUAAUAAUUUGUCGCAAACAGGAAAACAGUUGAGACUAACAGAGCAGUUUGGAAAUCAAACGAGGAAGAACAAGUGGCACGUUUGGAUCAUUUUAUCUUUGUUGCCGCUUUUAUGGAUACUCGUCUACUUGACCAUUCGCUUUCACUAGACACUGCUUUAAAGUUCAGAUUGACAUUUUUUAUUCCAUGGGACAACAAAUGUCUGGAUGGAGCUUUACUCCUCUCUUACGAGGGAAUGUAUCAAAGACUUAGUGGCCUGCUCAAAUAUUUGAGAUAGUGGGUCAUAGUAUUUACCUGUCUUAGAGGCUCGUAAAGCAGAUUUCUUAUAAACUAGAUAGUAUGGUUUCACUAAAAUACUGGCAACAAUGGCCAAUCUUUAUACGAACAUAUUCAUAGAAAUUAAACCUUCUUUCAAGAAAGUAUAUUCAACGAUGUAAAAGACUACCUCGAUAGUUUUCUGAGGCAGAACACGAUUCUAUUCUAUUUUCAAAUGAUUUUCGAUGAUAUGGCACUGAGUUCCACAAUAAA